UUAGUUUGAAUUAGUUUAUGAUCAUGCCAUUUAGUAACUCGUGAACUAUCUGCCGAUCUUUUUGGUUAGCUUGUUGCUUUAACGCAUAGGUUAUACCAAGUGUUUUAUAUAAAAUAUAAAGUUAGUUAAAAGUAAUUACCAUGUAUGACGAUUAUAGCGAGUAUGAUGCUUAUGACGAUUAUGGACCACCAGAUGUUCAUGGUGACCAGUAUGACAGAUUAGGUUAUCGUCAAGUACCAGAAGUUGUACGAAAUUUCCUGGUUUUCUUACGCAAUUGUAUAAAUGAAGGAAUGAUUUUUGAGAUUCAAAAUCUUUAUGAAACAACAUUCCCGAAAAUCUCAGAACAAUUGUUUGAUAAGUCUUCCUGGCCAGAUACUCAAACAAUUGCACAUAUAGUUGACAAUGAUCCAGUAUUUCUUACUCUGUAUAAAGAACUUUAUUAUCGUCAUAUCUAUGCUCGAAUGCAAGGACCAACAUUAGAACAACGUCUUGGUUCUUUUUAUAAUUAUUGUGAUCUUUUUAAUUAUAUUUUACGUCCAGAGACUCCAGUUCAAUUAGAGUUACCCGAUCAAUGGUUAUGGGAGCUUAUUGAUGAAUUUGUUUACCAAUUUCAGUCUUUUACUCAAUAUCGUGCUAAUUUAUCAAAUAAAACACCUGAAGAAAUUGAAAAUUUAAAUGCACAUAGUAAAACAUGGGAUGUAUUGUGUGUUUUGAAUGUUUUACAUUAUUUAGUAGACAAAUCAAAAAUCAAAAGUCAAUUAGAAGUAUAUGCAAGUGGUGGAGAUCCAGAUUCUGUUGCUGGUGUAUUUGGAAGACACUCUUUAUAUAAAAUGCUUGGAUAUUUUUCUCUUGUAGGAUUAUUACGUCUACAUUCUCUUUUGGGAGAUUAUUAUCAAGCCAUUAAAGUAUUAGAAAAUGUUGAACUUUAUAAAAAGAGUGCAUACUCACAUGUUCCUGGUUGUCAAAUAUCAACAGCAUAUUAUGUUGGUUUUGCUUAUAUGAUGAUGCGGAGAUAUGCAGAUGCAAUCAGAACAUUUUCUGGUAUUUUAUUAUAUAUUCAAAGAACCAAACAGUUGUUUGCAACAAGAAGUUACCAAAAUGAUCAAAUUAAUAAGCAAACAGAGCAAAUGUAUCAUUUAUUAGCAAUCUGUCUUGUUCUUCAUCCACAAUGUAUAGAUGACGGAUUACAACAGGCAUUACGUGACAAAAAUUAUCAUGAAAAAAUGUAUAAAAUGCAAUAUGGAGAUUUAGUUGAAUUUGAAUCAUGCUUUUUAUUUGCGUGUCCAAAGUUUUUAUCUCUUACACCACCAAACCCUGAUAAUCCAACUGAAGAUUAUGUUCGAGAAGCAAUUAAGCAUCAAACUCAAGUCUUUAUGGAUGAAGUUGUUCAACAAAAAAUGUUACCAACUAUUCGUUCAUAUUUAAAAUUAUAUACUACUUUGCCAUUAAGUAAACUAGCUACAUUUAUGUGUAGUAAUACUAGACCAGAUGAGAGCUGGGAUUUAGAUAAAGAAGUCAGUGCAUUAACUAUUCAUCUAUUGUGUUUUAAACAUAAAAUGAAGAAUAUUGUUUGGACAAAAGGUGCAUCAGGAUUAGAUGGAAAAUUUCAAUCUGGCUCUGAACUGGAUUUUUAUAUAGAUCACGAUAUGAUUCAUAUUGCGGACACGAAAGUAGCACAUCGUUAUGGAGACUUCUUCAUUCGCAAAAUUUUAAAAUUUGAAGAAUUAAAUCGCAAGUUACAUCAUAUAAAAAUUUAAGUCUCUACAUUGAUAUCAUUCUUACUAAAGAAAAUAAAAAACAUUGAUUAAUAAUAAA